AUGGCCAACGCGGCGGCGGCGGCGGCGGCGGCGGCGCUCGACAGCAUCCCCAGUCACAGUGUCAUCCCGGACGUCCAACCUGAACUUCUUCUUCUUCUUCAAGAGCAGCAGGACGCGACGAUCCGCGUGCAAGACUUCCUUUCCCUGCGCGACACGGUCCACGCCGACGGUAUCGUCAGCCCGUCGGAGGUGAGCUCGGCGACGACCAGCAGCAAGAACUCGGUGAUCAGCUGUUGCGACUCGUCGGACGACAACAAGUUGUGCGCCGAGAACAAGGAGGAGGAGGAAGAGGAAGAGGUGGUGGUGGUGGUGGACUUGACACAGCUCAGUCCCGAGGAGCGGGAGAAGUACUUGGAGAUGCUGCGCCGGCGGCGGGCGGAGAAGAAGCGGAACGCUGUCAUUGACGCGCUCGACGAUGCCUUUGGGCCGACCGCUCUGUUGUUGUUCCGGGGUGUGGCGGGCCGGGACAGGGCUCAGCGGGUUCUGAAGGGUGUUAGUGAUAUUGGAGAGAGGACUGGAAUGGCGAAGAUGUCUGAUGAAGCAGGGAAGGAGACUAGCAGUUCUGAUAUGGUGGAGGAAGAGAAUGAGGAAGGGAAGGAAGGUGGACGUACCUGA